CUUUAGAGUGCCCGCAUUCGCCACCCUGGUCAAUUUUGUUUGGGUUUGAGGCCAGACAGAGGAGUCAUUAAUUUUAAACAAAGGACCACGCUUCAGGACAUUCAUCCCGUGUCGGACAAAGCCGCGUCUCGCUUUCCCCACGGUCGAGUGAAAGUUUCUCGCCUUGUCGCAGUUUAACAUCCGAAGCGACCGGACAUGAACAAGCGCAACCAUAUCCGCCUGCCGCCAGAGGUAAAUCGGCUGCUGUACGUGCGCAACCUGCCGUACAAAAUCACCUCCGACGAGAUGUACGACAUUUUCGGCAAAUUCGGGGCCAUCCGACAGAUACGCGUGGGCAACACUCCAGAAACGCGUGGCACCGCCUUUGUCGUCUACGAGGACAUCUUCGAUGCCAAGAACGCCUGCGACCAUUUAUCCGGAUUCAAUGUGUGCAAUCGCUAUCUGGUGGUGCUCUACUACCAAUCCAACAAGGCCUUCAAGCGCGUGGACAUGGACAAGAAGCAAGAGGAGCUGAACAACAUCAAGGCCAAGUACAAUCUGAAGACGCCGGAGGCUCCUUAGAAACACCACGCGGUGCGGCAGGCGGGGAUGGGGAUGAGCCCCACCAGAUGACGCCCCAUUUCCACCAACCAUUUUCCAUUGUUUAGGGAACUUCUCGCUCUACUUAUAUGUAUACCAAAUUUUUGCUAUCUACUUGUAGAUUUUUUUGAUCGCAUUUUGUAUCAUUUGAAUCUAAUCAUUAUCAUCCAUCCAUCACUCCAUCUAUCAUAUGAACGGACGGAUUUCGCGAAAGGCAGCCAUUUGCCUCCCAGAUCCGUCUGUUUGCAAUCAUUUGACGACAUUAAGACACUCUCUCAUCAAAUAACAAGCAAGUAAAAGUAAAAAUACAAAAAAAUUGAAAAACUA